CUCUUUCCGCCAUAUUGCAGAACCGGCAUCAUGGUGCGCAUGAACGUUCUCGCCGAUGCGUUAAAAUGCAUCAAUAAUGCCGAGAAGCGUGGGAAACGCCAGGUCCUCAUCAGGCCGUGUUCUAAGGUCAUUGUGCGCUUCCUGACCGUCAUGAUGAAGCACGGUUACAUUGGUGAGUUUGAGAUCAUUGAUGACCACAGAGCUGGGAAAAUUGUCGUCAAUCUCACAGGCAGGCUGAACAAGUGCGGUGUGAUCAGUCCACGCUUUGACCUCCAGCUCAAAGACUUGGAGAAGUGGCAGAACAACCUCUUGCCCUCAAGACAGUUUGGAUACAUUGUGCUGACAACCUCAGCUGGCAUCAUGGAUCAUGAAGAGGCCAGACGGAAACACACAGGAGGCAAAAUCCUUGGAUUCUUUUUCUAAAAUGUAAAGAACUGCAAAUAAAAAAACAACCAGGUGAACGGU